CACGCCGCUUGGGGGCGGAAUCUGUCCGUGUCCUCGCGCCUUCUCCUGGUGGCGGGAAAAGUAGCUCGAGGUGGAAGGGAUGUGCGGAAUGGCUGCGACAGCGUUAGCUGCGCCUCAUCUUUAGGUCCUCGUGGCCUCAGAAGGCAAAGAAAGUGUAGUUUCUGAACUGAAUGAUGGCAACAUUACAGAACCACAAAGAAUAUGAAAAGCAAACAAAGAAAACCUUUGCUCCACCUACACAAAAAUCACAUAGCAGGAAACCUCAGCCCAAUUCAUGGAAGGAGGACAUCCCGGGGACCAGUUCUCCAGAGGCAGAGACCAAGCCAAGUCUGCUUAAAGCCAACUUAAAGAAGGAGCAGAAGGCAACUACAGAGAAUGGACCAAGCAGGGGCAAGGAGAAAAAGCAAAAGGCUCAGGACCAGCCAGCCGAGAAGACAGGAAAGGAAAAAACAACUCUUACCAGUGCAGAAUUUGAGGAGAUUUUCCAGAUUGUACUACAGAAGUCCCUGCAGGAGUGCUUGGAGACUUCCUGUGUCCAACGCAUAAGACCUACCAAAUCGGACAAAGAACCAGGCAUUGCUCCUUCUACCACCGAUAAGGAAACUGCUGAUCCAAAGAAAGUAAUAAUUCCUGAUACUGCAGAGAUGGCAUCUUCUCUAGAAGAGGAAGUGAAUUCUGAGAUGGGGACAUGUAAGCUAGGCCAGCCAGUUACUGAACCCUCUAAGAAGAAAUCUAAUAGACUCUCUUUAAGCAAACAAAGGAAGAAAGCUGAUGAGAAAAUGGAGAAAAGCCAAGAUGGACGUGAGUGCAGUCUGAAAGAGAAACAGAAGAUAAUGAUUCAGGAUCAGUCUCAGAUCAGCGACCACCAGAAAGGAGAGGAAGGUGGUUUUGGCCACUGUGUCAUCUGGGUCCAGUGUUCCUCUCCCACGUGUAAGAAGUGGCGGCAGCUACGUGGAAACAUUGAUCCCUCAGUUCUUCCAGAUGACUGGUCUUGUGACCAGAAUCCAGAUCUGAAUUAUAAUCGCUGUGACAUUCCUGAGGAGAGCUGGGCAGGGUGUGAGAGUGAUGUGGCCUAUGCCUCCUACGUCCCAGGAUCCAUCAUCUGGGCCAAGCAAUACGGAUACCCAUGGUGGCCAGGCAUGAUAGAAUCUGAUCCUGAUCUGGGGGAGUACUUUCUGUUUGCUUCUCAUCUUGAUUUCCUGCCGUCUAAGUACCAUGUGACAUUUUUUGGAGAAACAGUUUCUCGUGCGUGGAUUCCAGUCCGUAUGCUGAAGAACUUCCAGGAGCUGCCUUUGGAGCUAGCUAGAGUGAAAAAACGCAAGAACAAGGACUCCGACCAGAAGCUGGAGGCAGCCAUAGCGAUGGCGCACAGGGCAGAACAGAUCAGUAUUCAGGAGCGGGUUAACUUGUUUGGUUUCUGGAGUCGAUACAAUGGAGCUGACAUCAGUAGGGAAGAGAAAGAUUUGAUGCUCUGUGAGUCCAACGUCCCUGAGUCUUGUCUGGAGAAAGAAGAGAAGGACUCAGAAGAGGAGAAGGAGGAGAAAGAAAAGAAAAGAAAGAAGAAAGACUCAACUUUGUCUACACUCAAGCCAGCUAAAGUACAGACAAAAAAAACCAAGUCAAGAGACCCAGCAGGAGGACAAGAUGGGACUCCAAAGAAGAAAACUGUGAAGAAAUCUCUGGUCAGUGAAUCCACAGUCCCUCCUGUACCCACACUGAGAGGGAAGGAAGAACAGGGACAUUCAGACCUGGGCUGUCCAGGCCCUAAGAAAAAAUUUAAAGCUCCUGAAAACAAGGCUUCAGUCAUCAACUUAUCUGAGGAGAAAGAAAUUAAAAUUGUGUCCACGUGCCCUGCCCCACCAGCUCAGCAUGGGGCUUGUCCAUUGGGAAAGGAAGGGCUUGGGCCCCAGGUGCCCCUGACACAGGAGGCAGCAAGGCUCCCUCCUGACGAUGAUGAUGGUUCCAGUGACCUGGACUUUGAACAACUCAUGGAAGACAUUGGAGAGCAGGAAGAGAGAGGGGGGUUGCAGCAGAGGGGCAGCUCAGAGGAGCUCCUGGCUGCCCUCUUUGAGGAGUAGAGUAGUCUCAUCCUCCAGCUGUUGGCUGAUGCACUGAGAGCCUCUCAGCCUUCCCGAGCAGCUGUUAGAUGCUGAAGAUGCUGACCUGCCCCAUGGUUCAAGUCAGAGCCGUGCAGCCUGUGUUAAUAAAGCAGGUCUCUGGGA